AUGCGAAUCCUUUGUCUUCAUGGAAGAGGCACUAAUGUCGAGGUAAUUCAAAUGCUGGGGGUUGCUACGCAUAUUCCCAACGGCUGUACGUUCGACUUCCAUGAAGGCAGCUUAUCUUGCCCUCCAGCACCUGAAAUUGCGGGAAUGCCCGGCGUGUCAUCGCAACAGAAAUUCUUGUCCUACUUCGACCUUUCCUCUUCAAGGAGCUGUGAGGGCGCUCUAAAGGGUAUCGAGGAUCAUGUUUCCAAAAGUGGACCUUUCGAUGCGCUUAUGGCUUUUUCCGAAGGCGCAGCCGUUGCAUCAACCUUCAUUCUAAGUGAAGGUUUGAAAGGCCUGUCCCCUUUCAAAAUGGCGAUCUUCUUCUGUGGGGGUGUUCCGGCUGACCCCGUGGCCUUGCAGAGGGGCGAGGUACAUCUAUUAGCACUUGGGGAGAACGAAACGUAUUCGAUCAAGAUCCCGACGGUGCAUGUCUAUGGUGCCAAGGAUCCACGCAUGGACGAAUUUGGAAUUGGUCUCAGUUCAAUUUGCCAAGACAAUUUGAAGACCGAGAUCAUCCAUGGGGGCGGACAUGAGAUACCCGGGCGCAAGAUGGACGGCAUCGUGUCCAGGGUACUGUCAGCCAUCCGCGAAGCGAGGGGCAAGGGUGUAUCGUCUUGA